GUCUUCUUGGGAGGGGUCGUUACUUCUUCUACGAGAAAACUUUGUGAAAUUCUCCACCGCUUUCAAAGCAAGAAGUCAUAAAAACAUUUAUCCACAAUGGUAAGUUAAAUUCCUCUGUAGCAGACAUGUCAUUGAAGUGGAACUGGUGUCAAUUUCAGACGAGGAAAAUAAUCUGUGAUUGAUCACGAAACGACUUUAAAUACGCUACUUUUGAGCAGUAGCCGCGUUCAAAUUCAAAGGAUUUUAAAAUUAGUCCUAGACACUUAAUUUUUAUAAGUUUUAUUUCUUCUUUAAUCUUAGUGAUUCGUUUAGUUUUCUUCAUCAUUUGUUUCUCGGUUGUGUUAGUAAUCGUUUGUAAAGAAAUAGCCCAUUGUCCGACCGCGCGAUCUCAUUUUACGAUCUGUAAGUUAGGGAGAGGUUUUGAUGCUUUUUGUGUGACUCCUUUUUCGUUUCUUCGCAGCGUGAGUGUAUCUCAGUUCACGUUGGACAGGCAGGAGUGCAGAUUGGUAAUGCUUGUUGGGAAUUGUACUGCUUGGAGCAUGGAAUUCAGCCUGAUGGCCAAAUGCCGAGCGACAAGACCAUUGGAGGCGGCGAUGAUUCUUUCAAUACUUUCUUCAGCGAAACUGGAGCUGGAAAGCAUGUUCCUCGCGCUGUCUUCGUCGAUUUGGAACCAACGGUAGUCGGUAUGUCCAGAUAUAAACCAACUUUGAAAUUUUUCAUUCACGAUUUCAUCGACAGAGUCAUUAGUUUUCCUAAAAGUCGUCGUUUGCCCUACGUUUUGUAUAAGCCAGCUUUCAUCAGACGAUGGAGACAGUCCUCCAAUGCGAAUUUGCUCUAACGACAGCGCCAAAAAUCAAGAAACUCACUCAAAACUGUGUUUGGUGUGAAACAGGAAAUAUGUUUCAGGGAUUUUGGCGUGUGAAUGUGCAGUUUCUGUAGCACUUUCGUUUUUUACUUGGUAUUCAUAUUUUUAUUACGAUUGUGGUUGCUAUGGAUUGGUGUCAUGAUUUCAGGAUUUCACCAUAAUGGGAAAAAUUAUUAUUCAAAUUUCUAGCUAUUAUUUCAAAAGGAGUUGAAUUUUGACGUUACUUCCAACUAUAAGCGAUAGAUAUUGAAUUUACAACAUAGAUUGGGUGAGGAGAAAUAUAUGGGCGGGUUAUUUACACGAGGUCUAUCCCAAAAAAUUCGGUCUUACGUAAGCAGUGAACCUCAAGGAUUCUCUAUAAGAUGGUUGAUUCAAUGGAAUAAAUGUCUUUUCACAACGAUUCAAUGGAAUAAAUGUCUUUUCACAAAAAUGAAUAUUCAGAUCGAAAGUUCGGCUAUAUUGUUGAUGGCUUAGAAGUCCUUAUAACGUGGUUUUGUUAAGGAGGCUCGAAAGGGUUUUUCGUUGUUGCAGUGUUUGUGAAACGAUGGAAGAUUACAAAGAAGGAUAUUUAAUGGGGUGGGCAAACUAUAUGUCUCUUUGCAACUCUAUUGCUGGGCUAUACUUUGGGGGUACUUGUGACGUCAUAUCAGUUACCAUGGCAACGCACAAGGUCCACAAAAACGUCCACUCAAUUUUAGUUUUUGUAAAUUAUCUGAAAAACUAAUUCGGUGACCUACCAUUUUUAUUUCUUUCAGACAGUAUGGAAAAAAUUUAUCCAGUAGAAUUAAAUAUUUAAAGAAAAUGCGAUUUAUGGCUUACAGAAAAUUCUACUGGAUAAUUUUUCCUGAAUGGUGCGUGCACUCAAAAAAUAAAGAUAGGUCACCGAACAAAAUCUCAAGCUAGAAACAAAUGUAUUUCGCAGAUUUUAUUUCUGGUUCGCACAAUUUCAAGCAACAUUUAGCUUCCGGUGUGCUGAUUUUGAUUCAUUCAGCUGACACGUGCAUCUUAGUUGUGGCGUGUGUAGAUUGUGCACACGCGUGCAUCUAAAAACCCUUUCCAGCCUCCUUAAACAACGGCUAAACUUUGUUUACAUGACCAGCCCUAUGUGUUUAGAUAAUUUCAGAUAAUUUACAAAAACUUAAAUUAGUGGACGUUUUUGUGGACCUUGUGCGUUGCCAUGGUAACUGAUAUGAUGUCACAAGUACCCUCAGCAACAACGUGUAACAGUGUAACACUGCAACAACGAAAAACCCUUUCGAGCCUCCUUAAGUGCUUCCACACAGCUCAAGUAUACUCGAGAUGUAUCAGUAGAAAUUCCAGAUGAGUAAAAUAUGAUGAUUUUUGUAUUAUAUUAACAAUAUGUUUGCAGUAGGAAGUUUAUUUAUGGAAUUCUCUAUCGUGAUCAAGUUGCAAUGGUCAUAAGCAAGCUAUCAAUUCCAAUUUCGUCUUAACCCUUUAAAUCCUUACAUCAGUAUGCAUAUUCUCCUAACUGUUCCCUAUACAUUUUCUCUUGUACUUACCAGGAGAAUUUGUUCUUAGAUGCUAAUGAUAAAUCACUCUUAGGGGAAAAGGGUUAAUAUAUUAACCAACUCCUCGUUGUGUUUCAGAUGAGGUCCGCACUGGUACAUACCGCCAGUUAUUCCAUCCUGAGCAGCUAAUCACUGGCAAGGAAGAUGCUGCCAACAACUAUGCACGAGGCCAUUACACCAUUGGCAAGGAAAUUAUUGACCUUGUCCUUGACAGGAUUCGCAAACUGGUAAGAUUGCCUUUGUAAAACUGAUCAUCAUAGAUAAUUGCGGCUAACAGUUGGCUCAAGCUGUUACUUUCAUUCAGUAGGAGAGAGUAGACUGCUGAUACACUCUUUGACUGGUUCGUGUUAAACGGGGAAUGGUAGUUAUAGAUUUUAUAUCAAGUAAGUCUGGUUUUUAAAAAGGAUUCCUGAAAACUAUGUUAUACUGUGACCAUUGGAUUUUUUCCCAUAUUAUUAGAAGUAUUUAAUAACUUUACUUUUUUUUAUAAUAGCAAGCAGCAGCAUUGGGUGAUCCAUUAAUAUUCUCGGUUACUCUAACCACGAGUAAUCAUUUUUUUCAGUUUAUUUCAUUUCGCUAUUGGGCCUCUGAUUAUUUUCACUUGUAAAGUGGGUUUAGUCAUAGUGAAUGGAUGUAUUUUUGAUGCUUUUCAGGCAGAUCAGUGCACUGGCUUGCAAGGUUUCCUAAUUUUCCAUUCCUUUGGAGGUGGCACUGGCUCUGGGUUCACGUCACUGCUUAUGGAACGGCUGUCAGUUGACUAUGGCAAGAAGUCCAAGCUUGAAUUUGCUAUCUACCCUGCCCCACAGAUCGCAACAGCUGUUGUGGAGCCUUACAACUCCAUUCUUACCACCCAUACCACACUUGAGCAUUCUGACUGCGCUUUCAUGGUGGACAACGAGGCCAUAUAUGACAUCUGCCGCCGGAACUUGGACAUUGAGAGGCCCACUUAUACCAAUCUGAAUCGACUAAUUGGACAGAUUGUGUCCUCAAUCACGGCUUCUCUACGAUUCGACGGUGCUCUAAAUGUUGACUUGACAGAAUUCCAGGUAUAGGAUAGUUUUUUUUUUGUGAAAUGUUUCAUUCUAAUAUUCAAGCGUGGGUGAAUACGUAUUUAUUCCCAGGGUGUCAAGCUUACAGUGGUUUCUUAGAAACAAAAGUUUUGAUCUAUAAUUUGUGGAACAAUUGUUCUAAACUUUCCUGAAAUGUUCCCUUCCAAUGUCUGUUUUGAAAAGCACAGAAAAAAAGAUAGAUCAUGGUGCUCGUUUAAAAGGUAAAAUGGUCCAAACUUACCCAAUUUAUGCCUGUAUUGGCACUAAUCACGAGCGUCAUGUCAUCGGUUCACGGUACAUUUUGCGGUGGUUGGAAGCGAGGGUUUUUUAAGUAAAAUUAAAAAAACUUGACAGGUAGAAAGUAUUGAGUGUAUGGAACAGUUUGAUCUAUAAUUUGUGGAAAAAUCACGAAAUUUAAAGGACAUCGACUCGGAACGUUCCUCGAAUCGUUGUUUUCAAGGUUAUAAUUUGCGUCAUCAACUUCGUAAACAUUUUUAGCUAUCUCUUUCUGCCCCUCGAUGAAUCUUUUCUUAAUUUCUCUUAUUUAAAGGGGAUAAUUUGUACACCAAAACAAUAAAGAAGUAUAUCUGGAAACUGAGUUUUUCACCCGUAAGAACGUAAGUCGAUUCAAUCACCGGUAAAUAUUCAUCCUAUUUUGGGAAGAAUCACCAUGUUGAGGAAAAAUCCUUUCACGUUUUUCAUGAGCAAGCCAGAAGUGAUCAUGCAACUGUAUAGACUUAUAAGUUACUUGAAAUAAACUUCAGAAAAUCUCUCUGGAUUAUUUUAGACCAACUUAGUGCCCUAUCCACGAAUUCACUUCCCUCUGGCGACAUACGCACCUGUCAUCUCUGCCGAAAAGGCCUACCAUGAACAACUCAGUGUGGCUGAGAUAACCAAUGCCUGCUUUGAACCAGCCAAUCAGAUGGUGAAGUGCGACCCUCGUCAUGGCAAGUACAUGGCUUGCUGUCUGUUGUACAGGGGUGAUGUUGUUCCUAAAGAUGUUAACGCUGCCAUUGCCACCAUCAAGACCAAGAGGACCAUUCAGUUUGUUGAUUGGUGCCCAACUGGAUUUAAGGUUGGGUUACAUCUAUUUGAGUGUAAUCAUUGUAUAGGGCAUCCAAUGAGUCGAUUGACAAUCUCUUAAAAUAAAAAGAUAUACCGUUUAUGUAGAUGAAAAUCUUCAGGCUACAGACAUGGGGCCUUAUCAGAGAGAGGGGCUUUUAACGUCUUUGAUUAUCUUAACUAAAAAAAUUCCUUUCAAUUUGUCAUGUUUAACCGUGAAAAAUGGUCAAUUCCCCUUUCUUCUAUCUUUGUCCUGCUUUUGUUUUUUUUAAGAAAUUACACAAGCAUACUGCUAGACGAAAAAAGAACUUUGACUGGAAAGAUUUUUCUUGCUAGGAGACUACCAAUCCCUUGGUUCAUCCCUAAGGGAUGCUCUGUGACCAUCUUCCCAGUGAGUAUCUUCUCGAUGUUUCUAGGUCGGCAUCAAUUAUCAGCCACCCACAGUUGUACCAGGUGGUGACCUUGCUAAGGUGCAACGUGCUGUAUGUAUGUUGAGUAACACCACAGCUAUUGCAGAGGCCUGGGCUCGUUUGGAUCACAAGUUUGAUCUGAUGUAUGCUAAGCGCGCAUUUGUCCAUUGGUAUGUGGGCGAAGGAAUGGAAGAAGGAGAGUUCUCUGAGGCCCGUGAAGAUCUGGCUGCCUUGGAGAAAGACUAUGAAGAAGUGGGCGUGGAUUCUGUGGAUGCUGAAGGCGAAGAGGAAGGAGAAGAGUACUAAACUGGCCUGACGUUCUAUUUUUGAUUUUUUUUAUCCUUGGCUUGACACUUGAAUAAAACUUUAAAUUGU